UUUUUUUUGAGUAGAAAUCGAAAGCACUUAUCCCACCACCACCCGUUCUCCCAUGGCUACUGAUCCCCAAUUCCUUAACCUCUCUGUCCCACCACCGAACCACCACAAACUGUUCGACCCAACCACUCAAAGAGACCUUCGCUCCCAAAACACCAUUCUCUCGUCACUUUCCAAAACUAACCCCCGUUUAACCCUAACACGCUUCAAGACCAUGGUACAAGAAGGCAAAAAUAUAGACGAAUACACACUUUCCAUUGUUCUUAAGGCAGCUGCGAGCUUAAAGCUACUCAGCUAUGGAAAACAAAUACAAACACUCGUAACAAAAAGUGGGUUUUCUCAGUUCAUGCUUUUGGUCACAACUCUUUUAGAUCUACAUGUCAAAUGCAGUGAUUUAGCUGCUGCUUGCCAAAUUUUUGAAGAGAUGCCCGAGAGAGAUGUGGUUUCAUGGACAUCACUUAUAGUGGGUCAUGUCCAUCAAAGCAAGCACAACAUGGCUCUCAAAUUGUUUCAAAAAAUGAACAAAGGCAAUGCCCGCGGCAAUAGUUAUACUUAUUCUGGUCUUUUAUCGGCUUGCUCUGGUUUGAUGGCUCUCAAACCAGGCAAACAAGUUCAUGCCCAAAUUAUAGUAUUGGGUCUGUCUGAUAAUCUGACAUUAAGUAAUGGCAUCCUCGGCAUGUAUGGGACAUGUCGGAGCAUGUAUGAUGCAUGUCGAGUUUUCAAUGGCAUGCCAUUUAGAGGCCUAAUCUCUUGGAAUGCGAUGAUUUCAGCUUGUGUUCAGUGUGAGUGCGGAGAAGAGGCGUUGAAGCUUCUCUGCCUGAUGGGUUCUCAAGGCAUUAAGCCUGAUAAUUUCUCUUGUGCUAUAUGUGCUCGUGUUUGUGCAAGUAUGGCUUCAAUGACACAUGGGUAUCAGAUUCACGCAUUGGUGCUUAAAUUAGGAUUUCAGUCUGAUCUGGUUAUUGGAAACUCUCUGGUUGAUAUGUAUGCCAAGUGUGGUUGUAUUGAACUGGCAAAGCUUAUCUUCGAAGAGAUACCUGAUAAAGAUGAGAUUCUAUGGACCACCAUGAUCAACGCAUAUGGAAGACAUGGGCAUGUUAGAGAAGUUCUUCACAUGUUCAAAGAGAUGAUUGGCGUGGGAAUGAAACCUGAUGGGAUCACAUACAUGGCUCUAUUAUCAGCAUGUAGUCAUGGUGGACUGGUUAAUCAAGGUCGGCACUAUUUCAAGUCUAUGUUUCUAGAGCAUUCUGUGAGAGUAGAACCAGAGCACUAUGCUUGUAUGGUUGAUCUCCUCGGUAGAAAUGGCUUCCUUUCUGAAGCUUAUGAAUUCAUGGAAGAGAUGCCCAUAAAACCGUGUGCUUCUAUGUGGGCUUCUUUUCUUAGUGCUUGUAAUUGGUAUGGUGAAGCUCAACUUGGUGAAAUUGCAGCCAAAAGACUUCUUGAACUGGACCUCAGGAAUUACAGCGACUACACAGUUCUUGUAUCAUACAUCAAAGCCAAGGCGGGAAAAUGGAAUGAGAUCUUCCAAACUAGAGAGAGAACUAAGAGAAAGCAGAUGAAGAAGGAGCCUGGAUGUAGUUGGAUUGAGAUCAGGCACAGAGUUGAUGUCUUCCUUUCCUCAGACAGAUCACAUCCACAAGCAGCUGAGAUGUUGCAGGCACUAUAUCAAUUGAGCCUGUCACUAACUGAAGCUGGGUAGAUGAAGAAGGCAAAACACGCACACAUGCAUACACAUGCACGGCACGUGCACACACUUUUGUGUACUUUUGUGUAUGUGUGAGAGAGAGAGAGAGGUCUCAUGUGUUGGCAGACACGCUUGACUUCAUGUAUUUUUCAAGAAAUAAACAAGGACAUCCCAGGUUCUCUUGUACCAUCAUAUGACAGUCCUUACAGCUUCUUUGAUCAACCCCCAAGUUCCAAAGAAAUUCAUCAGUUUUUAUUUCUGUUUUAUGAUGGGUUUAACUAGGUUAAUGACCGAAUGGCCCGCUAACACAAAAAAAACUAAGG